AAGCAGUUUUGUUGGAUGUUAGAUCCAAAUAGGAAGAAGAAGUUGAGGUUGCAGCUAUUGAGAUCUUCGACCUGGAAAAAGCUAGGGAGGCUUUGCACCGGAAAAGCUAGUAGAUUAAUAGGAUUUGGGAACACGACGUCCAGGGACACGGACAAGAAUGGGAAGGAGCAGAGCAUGAUGCAACUCGCGUCUCUCCUCCACUCCAGAGGCUUCUCCAUCACCAUCGUUCAUGCCCACUUCAACGCUCCCGACCCAAGAAACCAUCCCCACUUCCGGUUCGAGUCCUUCGCCGACGGCAUAGACCCCGUCCUCGUCGCCGGCAUGGGCAUCAUGGACCAGGUCUACACCAUCAUCGCUCAUUGCGAGCAGCCGUUGGUGUCUCUGAUGAAGCGAAUCCAGAGCGGCGACGAGUUCGUGGACUGUAUUGUGUCGGAUUCCUUGUAUUCCGGCGGGCGCGUCGCCGGAGAACUGGGGCUGCCGUGGGUGGUCCUGCGGACGAACAGCCCCACCUCCUUCAUGCUUUUUGGUUCCUUCGUUUUGCUGCAUCAGCUCGGUCACCUUCCGGUCAAAGCCGGCCCUCCAUUGGAUCCGGUCCAGAACACAGGCACCUGUAUACCUGUUGGGUCCUCUGUGCGCUACCUACUCUUCGAGCAACCCCGGCACCAUGUUCCCGCAGGACCGGAGCUGUUUGACAUGGCUCGACCAACACGCCCAUGGUUCAGUGAUCUACAUUAGCAUUGGGAGCGUGGCUACGAUGGGCCCGGCCGAGCUGGCUCAAGGUUUAGGAGACUGCCAACAUCCUUUCUUGGGGGUGAUAAGGC